AUGAUGCCGGCGAGUCAAUGGUCAGAUGCUGGAAAUCACGAAUACUAUGGCAGAGGACACAGGACAAAGUACGCUCUGCAAGGUCUAUCUGACGCUGCGACCAAGUUUCUAAAACAAGGUCAAACCAACACUAUAGAGCUAAAGGAGACCUCGAGCAAACAGAAGGCCACAACAUCUUGGUCUUUAUUUCUUCGAUUUGAUAUAUACAGACGUAAGCUUUUCACAGGAUGUUAUAUAGUUUCAUUCUUGCCUGGGUCUCAGCAGCACCAACGACGGAAAUCGAGCCCGGGUUUUGCAGCAUGUAUUUUCGACACGCUGGCGCUGCAUAAUCCAGGUUCAAUUCCUUCUCCCCCUGGUCGAAUUUCCAGUUUGAGAACCCGCCUUUGGCAGACGGCUAUUCCACUCCAACCAGUCGCUAGCCAACCUCAGUCUGUAUCAUGUCUUGCUUGGUGGCGACGUUACCACCGACCGGAACGCUUUGUCAUCCGCCUCGAAGGUCCAGAGGUGAUAUAUACCCAUUCGGCUUUUGCUCUGAAUAUUAACAGUGAAAGUAAUUGUAAUGCUGUUGAUCAGUCUGACCUUUCAUCCGGCAGACAUUUCCGUCUGGACCCUCAGACUAUGGAUUGGCCUGGGAGCCGGAAUCCCCCUACCUACGUUAAGUCUCCUGCUCGAGUGCCACGCUGGUCCCUUGUCCCCGAAUCUUGCGAACAGAUGCACCAGCAAUAUCUUAAUAAGAAU